AUGUCUGCUCGCGAAAAAAAAUCAGGCGACGCAGAAUCGGCCCCCGUUACCGUCGCAGACGGCAUUCACACCCACGGAACCUUGAAUCAGCAUCCGAAUGUGUCGCGAUCGACAGACACUGGCGCAGAUGCAAAUGGCUCUGUUUCAGCAUCCAACGCAGAGCUGUCCUUCCGCGUAGGCAUAUCUGAAGACUCCAAUAAGCGAUGGCGAAGGUCGAUGGAGGAUGCUCAUGCCUUUGUCUACGACUAUGGAGGUGUGCGCGGACAAGGCUUCUUUGGCAUAUUCGAUGGCCACGCAGGAAAAGACGCUGCCGAGUGGUGCGGCCAAAACUUUCAUCACGCUCUCCUCAAGACACUUGAACUCAACCCAGAUAGGCCUGUCCCGGACUCGCUAAACUUGACCUUCCACAGCGUCGACAAAGAGCUUGCGAGUCUUGCGGGUCAAAAAGGCUCGUCGAGUGGAUGUACAGCUGCCGUAGCUUUCCUACGACUCGAGGAUGAUUCAGGCCGACCUAUCAAGCCAGGCCAAGAAGCUGGUCCUGGGCCGAAACAAGCAGACGAAGAAACUUCCGGUCGAGAGCAAUCGACUGAGCGUACGUCUGGUGAAGGCCUCUGGACCAGGCUGUCAAAACGCUUCGAUUCGUCUGAAAGCAAGAGCAAGGGAAGCUCGUCGGCAUCGACAAGGCGAGUGCUUUACACAGCCAACGUUGGGGAUGCAAGAGCUGUGCUUUGUCGCGGCGGAAAAGCGGUGCGUCUCACAUACGAUCACAAAGGCUCAGAUGCGCAAGAGGUGAAGCGAAUCACCGACGCUGGAGGCUUUGUCAUGAACUCCCGCGUGAACGGCGUCCUUGCGGUCACACGAUCGUUGGGCGACUCAGCGAUGAAGGAAUUUGUCGUCGGAUCACCAUACACAACAGAGACUGUCCUCGGUAGUGAGGACAGUUUCCUCAUUAUCGCGUGCGAUGGACUUUGGGACGUAAUCGAAGACCAGGAAGCCGUCGAUCUGGUGCGGAACGUGCAAGACCCACAAGUGGCCUCGCAGGAACUACUGACACAUGCGCUCAAGCAGUUCAGCACGGACAACACUUCCAUCAUGGUAGUCCGCUUCGCUCUUUCAUGA